AUGCUGGUUUACCAAGACAUCCUCACAGGCGAUGAGCUUCUCUCGGACUCCUUCCCCUUCAAGGAAAUUGAGAAUGGAAUGUUGUGGGAAGUUGCUGGAAAGUGGGUUGUUCAGGGAGCUAUUGAUGUCGACAUUGGUGCAAACCCCUCUGCUGAAGGUGGGGAAGAUGAGGGUGUUGACGACCAAGCUAUCAAAGUUGUUGACAUUGUUGACACAUUCAGACUUCAGGAGCAACCUGCUUUUGACAAGAAGCAGUUUGUUGUCUUCAUGAAGAAGUAUAUCAAGUUGCUGAUGCAAAAACUUGACUGUGAGAAACAAAAUCUGUUUAAAAAACACAUUGAAGGAGCAACUAAGUUCCUGCUCUCCAAGAUUAAGGAUCUUCAGUUCUUUGUUGGUGAGAGUAUGCAUGAUGAUGGUAGCGUGGUGUUUGCCUAUUAUAAGGAUGGUGCCACUGAUCCCACGUUUCUUUACUUCGCAUAUGCUUUGAAGGAGGUGAAAUGCUAA